AUGAGUUCGAUUGUUGAGGGAUUUUCUUCGACCAUCUCUACAUCUCCACCAUCCAAGAAAGCCCGUGUACUCGAGUGCUCUGAUAACCCCACUCAAAAGGAUUCUUACCAAUUUUCUUCGGAAGACGGUAAUAAGAACAAGAUGACCACUAACGGGAACAACGGUACUCCAAUGGAGACUAACGAAUCUGACUUGGACAAGAACUUGUACUCGAGACAAAUUUAUGCUAUUGGUGAAUCAGCUAUGAUGAAUCUAAGAAGUUCUUCUGUCUUGAUUUCCGGCAUAGGAGGUGUUGGAGUAGAGAUUGCCAAAAAUCUCAUCUUAGGAGGUAUACGUCAUGUAACUUUACAUGAUACCAAAAAAGCUACAUGGUCUGAUUUAUCCGCGCAGUACUAUUUGACUGAAGAAGAUAUCGGAGUCAAUAGAGCUGAAGCCAGCUUCGAAAGAUUGGCUGGUCUUAAUGAUUCUGUAACAUGCCAAAUCAUCACCGACCCGCUCACUGAAGAGUUGAUCAAACAAUUUGAUUUGACGAUUCUCACAGACACUCCAAGAAUCAUUCAGUUGACUAUCGGUCAAUGGAUCCGAAAUCAUAACAAGCGUUUGCUGAUCGCUGAUGCUCGUGGAUUAUUCAGUUACAUUUUUGUUGAUCUCGGUGAUGAGUUCAGAGUCGAUGAUUCCAAUGGAGAGCAAGUCAAAGAGUUCCACAUCGAAAAUAUAUCUGAUACUGGCGAUGUAACUACACUCGAAAAGACCAUGCACGGUUUAGAGGAUGGAGAUCACGUGACAUUCUCGGAACUUCGAGGAAUUACCCAGCUUAAUGAUUGCAAGCCUUUGAAAGUUACCGUAAAAAAACCCUUUUUGUUCAACAUUGGGGCUGAGAAUGUGGCAAAUUUACCAUUAUAUGAAGACGGUGGCAGAGCACGUCAAGUUAAGGUUCCUUUCACCGUAUCCCAUAAAUCAUUGGCCGACUCUUUGUCCGAUCCUGAGUUUGCAAUCUGGGACUUUGCCAAGUUUGAUUGGCCAGGCAGUCUGCACAAGCUUUGGGCUGCCCUCUACCGUUUUGAAGCUAAGCAUGGUAGAUCUCCUGCUCCUAGAUGCGCUGAGGACGUUGCUCUUUUGAAAGCUGAAAUUCAAUCUGAAGAUGAAAUAGAUGAAAAUCUGAUCAAAGAAUUCUCCUCUCAAGCUACCGGAAACUUGGUAACAGUAUGCUCCGUAGUUGGUGGUAUAGCUGCUCAAGAAGCCAUGAAGGCCGUGACUCAUCAUAUGACUCCUUUGAAGCAAUGGGUUUAUAUUGAUCAUAUUGAGGCUCUUCCUGGAAACUGGUCAUCGUUUGACGCUGAUAAACUUACUGCCGCAGACUGUGCGCCUAGAGGCACUAGAUAUGAUGGACAAGCAGCUGUGUUCGGAUGGCCAUAUCAGGAAGCUUUAUUCAAGCAAAGAUGGUUCAUAGUUGGAGCAGGUGCGAUUGGUUGUGAAUUACUUAAAAAUAUGGCCAUGAUGGGUGUGGCAUGCGGGGAUGGAGGUUUGAUCAAGAUCACCGACAUGGAUCAGAUUGAAAUUUCUAAUCUGAAUCGUCAAUUCUUGUUCCGCAGAAAGGACGUUGGAAGCAAAAAGUCUGAAUGUGCUUCCGAAGCUGUUAAAUCUUUCAACAAGGAUGUCCGAAUUGAAUCGCUUUCUGAACGUGUCGGAAAUGAUACUGAAAAUAUCUUCAAUGAUAGCUUUUUUGAAGAGUUGAAUGGUGUUGCUAACGCAUUGGAUAAUGUUGACGCCAGAAGGUACAUGGAUCGGCGUUGUGUGUAUUAUGGUCUGCCUCUUUUGGAGUCCGGAACUAUGGGAACGAAAGGAAACACCCAAGUGGUAUAUCCAUUCUUGACUGAAUCUUACAGCUCUUCUGUCGAUCCACCUGAGAAAGAGAUCCCUAUCUGUACUCUCAAGAAUUUCCCCAACGAAAUUCAGCAUACUAUUCAAUGGGCUAGAGACUUAUUCGAAGGACUUUUCACAGCUCCCGCUGAAACUGCCAAUCAAUUCCUGAACGAUCAGAAAGGCUUCAUGUCUCGUUUGGAACAAGUCAAUAGCGGGCAACGUUUACAACUUCUUCAACAAGUUAAAGAUACUCUCAUCGACGAUAAACCAAAGGAUGGGGCUGACUGUGUUGCUUGGGCCGUAACACUCUACCAAGAGAACUAUCAUAAUAACAUUGCUCAAAUGCUUCAUUCAUUCCCUCCUGAUCAGGUUACCGAUCAAGGAGCCAAAUUCUGGUCGGGAACCAAGCGUUGUCCUCAUACUCUCAACUGGAAUCCUAAUCACGAGGAGUCUGUGAAUUUCGUCUACUCUGCUUCAAUCUUGAAGGCCUUCGUUUAUGGAGUAACACCUAUUCUUGAUGUUCAAAAAGUUAUAGAUAUCGCUUCCAAGAUUGAAGUAGUCCCUUUCAAGCCUAAGGUUGGUGUUAAAAUUGCUGUUACUGAUCAAGAAGCUGCUGACCAAUCGAGUGGUGUUGGAGGAGAUGAUAGUGAUGUUGUCUUCCAAGAGUUGAAACUAGCUCUUGCUACUAUCUCUGUGAACGAUUUACCCAGAUUAAAUCCAGUUGAUUUUGAGAAGGAUGACGAUUCUAAUCAUCAUAUGGAGUUUGUUACUGCUGCAUCUAAUUUGAGAGCUGAGAAUUAUGAUAUCAAAACAGCGGACCGAAUGAAAACUAAACAAAUUGCCGGAAGAAUCAUUCCAGCUAUUGCUACAACCACCGCGGCUAUUGCUGGAUUAGUUUGUGUCGAACUUCAUAAGAUGAUUGAUAGCGUAAGAGUUCCCAAGAUCCCACUAGAGAGGUUCAAGAACGGAUUCAUCAACUUGGCUCUUCCAUUCUUCGGCUUUUCAGAGCCUAUCGCUGCUCCCAAGAAAAAAUAUGGAAACACUGAAUUCACACUUUGGGAUCGAUUGGAAUUGAAAGGGCCCAAAACUCUUCAAGAAAUGCUCGAUUGGUUUGCCAAGGAAACUGGAGUGCAAGCUACAAUGGUCUCGUCUGGAGUUUGUCUCAUUUACUCUGGUUUCAUGAAUCCACAGAAACGUACCGAGCGUCUGCAGAAAGAAGUGAAAAUUGUUCUCGAAGAGAUAUCUCGAUCUCCAACACCUGAUUGGCGCCAGUCCUUGAUUUUGGAGGCUAUGGCCGAAGAUGAUAAUGGAGAAGAUGUCGAAGUUCCUUACAUAAGAUACAUCUUCUAA